UAUCCCUGGGCAUCGCUUAAGGGCGAAGGAAGCGGGAGGUGAGGGGGCCGCUCGUUUGGGCCCGGCUGCGGGAGAUUGUCGCCUCAGCGUCCCAAGAUGGGCGCCGCUGAAAGAGAAUGGGUCAAUGUUGCCAAUGAUCUCCUGACAAAAUGUAACAUAGAUCUGCACGUUAGCAAUCUCUCUGACUGUGGAGCUAAAGUGUUUAUUCAUCUUUAUGAAUCGAUAUUGGGAGAGACAGUGCCAGAUGUCAUAGCCACACCUCUUUGCCCUGAAGAUGAUGCCCAUAAUGUGCAGGCAGUGAUAGAUUCUUUGGCUUUGGACUACUUGCAGAUCAGCUUAUCGCAUAUAACUGGGGAGAACAUUGUGAGAGGAAAUAAGGAGUCCAUCAGAAAUCUCUUGGAAAUAUUUGAUGGCUUGCUCGAGUACCUGACAGAAGAAAUCAGUGAGACGGCUUCUCAGAAUGGCGAAGAUCUUAACCAGAGGGCUGAAGAUGAAGUCCAUACUACCGGUCUUGAAGAGGAAGAAGGUGGUGUUCAUGAUGUGCCAGUUCCCUCCCUGACACUUCCGUCUGCCUCGGGGUCUUCUCGGUCGUCAGAGAUAGACGUUCCAUCAUACAAGGUAGACGGUUCGGAAUCUACAAGUGAGCUCAUUAAGCUUGGCGACACUGCUUAUUUGUUUUCUCUAAGAAAUGAAGAGUUACCUGCAGAAAGAGACAUCUCGAAGAAGAUUACAAAACCUGAAGAUCUUGUGGCUUUUGGGGGACCAUCUAGUGGCAGAAGAGCUCUUGUCAGAGAAACUCAAGGAACAGCCAAAUCUGCUUUGUCGUCUAAGGAGCAGCUGUGUUCUAAUGCAAAAAAGCUUGGGGAACCAAUCCGCCCAGCUAUUCCUUUGCAGCCACCAUUCCAGCCUUCCGCAUCCAGGCCCUCUUACCUAACUGAAAGAGGCGCUGGGAGUUCAGGCAGACGUUCGCCGCCGGCUAAACCUUGCAGACUUGCGUCCUCUGAUCCUGCAGAGCCCCUUGGGGAAGAGUCUGGAACUCUCUCAAGUGACAUCCUUUCCUUAUCCACAAUCACUUCCGCUGUAGAUAAUGAACCUACAUCUGAAACUGGUGUGAAUGAAGAAGCUGAUGAGCCAGUGCUAGAAGACACCAUAGAUGAUGCAGGAAAGGAAAGGAAUGAGAAUGUUCCAUACACACCAGCUCCUUGCUUUGAGAAGGACAGGUUGCCACAGUUUGCAACAAAGCAAAGCACAAGACCAAAACAAAGGAAUCUGCUUCCUGGGAAAAGCCAGAAAGAACGCUCCAUCACAGACUCGCUUGCAGAGGAAGCUUCUUCACACCAAACGGCAAAGGAAAAGCUGUCUGAACAGGAGCUGAAGGAGAUGUCGGACAAACUGUCCCGCAGGAUGAAUGAACUAGAAGGAAUGUUAAAGCAUGCUCUGGGCGAGCAAAGCAAGGAGGAGGAGGAAGAGUCAUCAGCCGAUGAAGAUAAUCUUUCUCAGCACAGCGAUAGCAUCAUGGAUUACCGCCGAAGGAAACCGGAAUCGGGUGUGCUACGUUUCAGAAGGGCACCCAGCAGACGGCGGUCACUUUCUGCUUCACCCCCUCCGUCAAGCCACCACCUAACCCCUGAAUCGGGUGGUGCACUUUGGAAAGAUGUACGAGGGCCAAUGGGAAGAAUGCGCGACCGUGUGCAAAAGGAAAAAGACCAGAGGAAGUUAAGAGCAAAGCUCUUGACCAAAGCCUACGAGGAUGAAUUAAGAGCUUACGAGGCUCGUGAGAGAUUCGAACUGGCAGAGCUGAAAGCCAAGGCCAAGGAAAUUGAACAAAAGUACAAGGAGAAAUUAUUUAAAGAACCUCCAAGAGCCUCGCAAGCAGCAAAGAUUUAUUCUAGAAAAAAUGGUCCUCGGAAUCCCAAACUCAGCCAGUGGAUUUCAAGAGGAGGGUUUGCAAAGCCAAAGAAAGCAGCUCCAAUAAAGGUCAAGGAGAACGACCUCUUGCCUCUGCUCUUGGAGGAUUUCCCCCACCUACACAUUUCCCGCCCUGUCAUGAACAAGAUGUGGCACCAGCAGCUGGCACAGAUAGACCAUCUGAAGUCAACCGGCAGUAAAAACAAAUUCAAACUGCAGAGUGAAGCACUAGAAACAUUGAAAAGGCAUGAACUGCUUGUUGACCUCAUUAAGAAAGAGCAGGCUCAUAACAGGAGACUGCAAGAGUUGAAGCAACACAUUAAUCGGCAGAAAUGUGCCCAGAACAAAAUGAAGGAGAGACGACAGCAAAUUGUCCGAGCCAAAAAGUACUACCAGGAUUACAGAGUUCAGCUGCGGGCAAAGAUGAUGAGAGCCAGGACACGCGAGGAACGUAUAUUUAAAAACCUGUUUGAAGAAGGCUUGGAAAUUCAGAAGCAGAGACUGCAUGAGCUGAGAUCGUAUGCCAAGGACAAGCGAGCUGAGCAGAAGAGAGAACAUCAGGCUGAGCUAGAGGCCAUGGAGUGCUACUAUAAGGACCAGUUUUCAAUGCUGGCAGAAGCUGUUUCUGAAGAACGUCGAGAAAUCCAAACAAGAGAGAAAGCACAGGCAACAACAUUAAACAAAGUGAAACGUGAGCUGAGAUCAAAGAUGGAGAAGGAGAUUAAAGAACUGCAGGACAUGAUCACACGUGAUGAUGAUGAUUCAUUCUUCCGAGAACUGGAAGCUGAUCGCCUAAAAACCAGACUCCUAGUGGCUUCCUUUCAAUAUAGCAAAAACUACCAGUUCCUUUAAGUGUUGGAAUGCCUCUUAUUUCUGGCAAAUAUGCUUUUUAUAUUUAAAAAUGAUACUAGGCGGUAUGCAACCUGAAGUAUGAAGUUAGUAGCUUGUUUUGCUGCCCCGAAUCCAUAGACUGUUACAGUGUCAUGGAAAUAUUGAACUGAUCUUUUCAAAAUGAUUUUUUAAAAAACAAGACUUUUUCAAUAAAGGUUACCUUCUCAACCGUCAAAACUAA